AUUGUUGGAUUUAGGAUCCAUAUUUUGAUUUUGACCAAGUUGGUUGAUUUUUUGUUCUUUUUUCAAAUAAAUUUGUAACUUCAUUGAUUGACCAGAAAUGGAGUAUGCUCCUGCAAUCCUGUCCCUGAAUGCUAAGUUCCUGGGGAACUCCCAUGAUGCCCAUGUCAUUAGACAAUCAGGGAUAUGGCACAGAUUAAGAUCGAUGGAAGGACAAGACAUGUGGUUAUUGGGAGACCGUGGAUAUCCUUGCACCCCCUGGCUCAUGACUCCUUACAGUAAGCCCAGGCCAGGACCACAGACGGCAUUUAACUCCGCGCUUACUGCCACUAGACAGCUGGUGGAGCGCACGAUUGGUGUCCUUAAAGGGAGGUUUCGUGUGCUCCACCGCACUGGUGGCGACAUCAUGUAUUCGCCAGAGAUGGGCGAGCACAACGGCAAGGUGCUGCUGCUGGUGCAGGGAGGCCACAACAGGCACAUCCACAAACACCAUCCCCUUCUGGCUCCCCCUCCACCUCUCCUGCCAAAUCUCCCUCUCCAGCCACCUCACCCUCUCCAGCCACCUCACCCUCUCCAGCCCAAUCCCCCUCUCCUGCCCAAUCCCCCUCUCCUGCCAAAUCCCCCUCUCCAGCCCAAUCCCCCUCUCCUGCCCAAUCCCCCUCUCCUGCCCAAUCCCCCUCUCCAGCCCAAUCCCCCUCUCCUGCCUAAUCCCCCUCUCCAGCCACCUCACCCUCUCCAGCCACCUCAGCCUCAUUUUACCACUCCCCCUCUCCAGCCCAAGCCCACUCUCUUUCCCAAUUCCCCUCUACAGCCCACACCCCCUCUCCAGCCCAAUCCCACUCUCUUUCCAAAUUCCCCUCUCUGCCCCCCUUCCCCUCUGUGUCACAAAAAAGCACACCACCACCCUCACCCUAUCAUUCCCAAACACCCUCUGUAAGUACCUCCCCCUUCCAUCCUCUCACCCAAUUGGACCCUCCUUCCCCCAUCCUGCCUCCUUUCCUCAUCCAGCACCCAUCCCCCAUCCAGCCAACCUCACCCAUCCAGCCUCCAUCCCCCAGCCAGCCCCCAUCCCCCAUCCAGCCAACCUCACCCAUCCAGCCUCCAUCCCCCAGCCAGCCAACAUCGCCUACAGAAUGGGCAGCAGAGGCCCCAGAGCCACUAGAGGGAGGUGGCCAAGUGGCAGAGGAGAAUGGUGCCAUUGGAGAUCCCACAAGCCUGGCAGGCAUCGUUGGCCGGAUGCAGGCACAUUUGGAGGCCAUGUUGGCCGAAGUAAACCAUUUGGCAAAUUUAAUUUAAAAAAAAAAAUAUAUAUAUGUUUAUAAAAAGCUUAAAACAAAAAA